AAUUAACAGACUCGCAAUAAGGUAACAGACUCAAAAUUGUAUUAACAGGCUCACAGUGAGUUAACAGACAGAUCAACACGUGCGGCGUUUUUGAUUUGUUUAUUUCGAUUUGGCACAAUAAAACUUUACCAAAAUGGGAAAAAAGGACAAGAACAAGAAGAAGGGAAAGGGCGCCGAGAAAACAGCCAUGAAAACUGACAAAAAGUUGGCAGCCAAACAGAAGAAGAUGUUGGAUAAACUGGGAGAGUCUGAUAUAAAUGAAAUCGUUAAGAAAUUGGAGAGUGAAGAGAGCCGGUUGGCCACCAUACAUGAAGAAGUCGUUCCAGUUCCAAGUCCCAGAGCUAAUUUUACUUUGGUGUCCCAUCCUGACAAAGAGGAACUAAUCAUGUUUGGAGGAGAGUUCUACAAUGGCGCCAAAGUCUGUGUCUAUAACGAUUUGUUCUUCUACAAUAUCAAAUCCAAGGAAUGGAAACAGUUGCGUUCGCCGGCAGGACCCACACCGCGCAGUGGCCAUCAAAUGGUUUCCUUAGCCAGCAACGGAGGUGAAUUGUGGAUGUUCGGUGGAGAGCAUGCUAGUCCCUCACAGCUGCAGUUCUAUCACUACAAGGAUCUUUGGAACUUAAACCUCAAGACACGGAAAUGGGAAAAGAUCUUGGCUCCGAACGGACCCAGCGCAAGGAGUGGCCAUCGCAUGGUAGCUGCCAAGAAGCGUCUUUUUAUAUUUGGUGGUUUCCACGACAAUAAUCAGUCCUACAAUUAUUUCAACGACUUGCAUAUAUUCUCCCUGGAAUCGUAUCAGUGGUUAAAAGUAGCAAUUAGUGGUGCUGUUCCUCCUGCACGCUCCGGUUGUUGUAUAGCAGCUGCGCCUGAUGGCAAACUGUUUAUAUGGGGCGGAUACUCUAGAGCCUCCAUGAAAAAGGAUAUAGAUCGUGGUGUCACACACACGGAUAUGUUUGUUCUGAACCCAGAAAAGGGUUCUGCCGAAGGUGAUAACAAAUACAAAUGGAGCUUAGUCAAGGCUGGCGGUUAUCAUCCGAAGCCACGAAGCAGCGUUGGCUGCACUGUGGCUGCCAAUGGCAAGGCCUAUUGCUUUGGCGGCGUUAUGGAUGUCAAUGAAGACGAUGAGAAUGUCCAAGGACAGUUUAGUGAGGAUUUAUUGGCCUUCGAUAUGAGCUCUCAAACCUGGCGUUUUCUAGAAAUUUUGGGCAAACCCAAAAAAGAUAAUCAAAAGUCCAUAAAUGAUGUAGAAAUGAGUGAAACGGCUGCUCCGGAACCAACGCCAGCAAAGACUGUGACCACCACCACAGACGGCAUAUUUACUGUGACAGUCGGUGGACCAAGUGGCAGCAGCAGCUCUGCGGUUCCCUAUGUGUCAAAGAUACCUAGUCUAUUUGCCAAUUCAGCGCGUCCCUCUAAUGUACCAUCACCUCGCAUGAAUCCAGGACUUUGUGUGUGCAAGGGCAAUUUAUAUGUGCUUGGUGGACUCUUCGAGGAGAAUGAAAAGCAAUUUACAUACACCGAUAUGUAUUCCUUGGAUCUACAUAAAUUAGAUGAAUGGAAGGUUGUUAUAGCGCCUGCCAAAAAGGAUCACGAUUGGGUGGAUAGUGAGAGCAGCAGUUCCGAUGAGGAGUUCAGCAGUGCUGAUGAUGAUGAUGAUGACGGUGACAGUUCUAAAGAUUCCGACAUGGAUACAGACUAAAACUAAUGGACAUUAGAAAUUGAUCGUUUGCAUGAACUAUAAGAAUAUAUAUAUUUAAAUUUUUGUUUAA